AUGGUUCUGGAAUUCUACAUCACAAAAGUCUACAGGAGAGAACAUUUCAGGUCUGGUUGUCAUUCCAAUAUCUUCACACAUUGAUUACAGACACAGAGAGACAUCCCGUUUUUAACUGUUUUAUUCAACAAGUAUUUCAAAGAUGUUUGGAAAAAGCAACUUGCAGAGGCCAAAUCACCACACGUAUGAUAUAGGUGACGAGGAUCCUCUCAUUAAAGAGCUCAGCAAAUUAAUGGCCAGACUUUCCAUAAGUGGACAGACUGAGCUAGCGUUCAGGUCUUCCAACAGCCGCAUAUCCAAUAAUGGGGGGUCCAGAGUUCAGCAAACCCUGAGAGAAGGCUUGGAGGUCAAUCCAAAACCUACCCCUAAAAGGAGAUGGGAGGAUCUGGAAUCGGCCGGUAUCAGAAGGCCAGACAGCCUCGGUCCAGAGAGGAAGAGGAGAAGACUGGACACAACGGAAAUAAAGAAGUCUUCCUGGAUGAGUCGCGCCAGAGCUUUUCAAAGGAAACGUUUGAGUGUUUUUUGUUCCAGGUCCAUUAUCAAGCAGACUUUGCCACCUGAGGUGCAAAAGAAGGAGCAAACUCUAAAAGAAGGCUUGGAGGACAAAGAAAAACCCUCCUAUAAAAGGAAAUGGGAAGAUUUCAAUUCAGCCGGUAUCAGAAGGCCAGACAGCCUCGGUCCACAAAGAAAGAGGAGAAGAGUGGUCCUUAAACGUGUUCAGGCAGACGGUGACAUUGUCAUGGUUGCCAUGCCAAAAAAGAGAAAUAGAACCAGAAGGAGAAAGAGGAGACGCUGUGCGAAGCCUGUACAGGAUGCAGAGGAAUGGCGACACCCAGAAUGCUCGGGUCACAAGGGACCUGGAGAAAAGACCAGAGGAGGGAGAAAAGAGAAAAGAGGAGGGAGACAGAAGGCAAAGCAUGACGUGAGGUCAUGCUUUGACAAAAGGGGAAACACUGGACCAAAAAACCCCAGCACCCCACUUUACCGUGCCAGACCCUUUCACCAAAGAGAGCAAUUUGGACCACCAGGCAGAAGAAACCCACAAAACAUGCGUCACCAGGGCCACCGUCAGUGGGCAUCACCUGGUCCGAUGUGCCGGGCCCCGGGUCAAGGGAGGGCCCAAAGGGUCCCUUGGCAAAAAAACGCCCUGGGCACCAGGAAGACACAAGGACCUGUGUGUCACUGUCACUUUCUAAAUCAAUGAAAUAAAUGUAAUUUGUUGUCUUCCUA